AUAGCUAGGGUGGAGGAAAAGUUUCCAGAAACAUGUUUAGAUCUAAAUCUUAAAAGCUGUUAAAGGAAUUUUUCAGAAGCAUCUAAGAAUAAUCUAACAUUUUUAAUUACUUCAAUUAACGCUUUAAAACAAGAUGGCUUCUAAAGACCUAUAUUUCUCCAUCAAAAUUUUGACGUCGCUUCUUCUAAUAAUGGCGGAUCUAACAUCACCCAACUUCGCCAUUGAGGAAAACAGUUUCGAAGAUCCAAUGGCCAAUGCUUUAGUUAGCAGUGAAAUGGAGACUGGGAAUAUGCCAGGUUUUAUAAAGCUCCUGGACUACAUUGCUGAUUACAAAGCAGAAAGAGAGAAGAUGGAACCAGGCAGUAUUUUGCUAGCCAAGAUGGGUUUGCUACCAUCACACAACCAUCUGCUGGUGUCCUCCAACCAGAGGGGAGAUGGAGUGUCACCCAGCCUAACUGGCAAUCACAACACAGCCUUAGAUACAGCUAAGAGAAGCUUUUUCCAAAGUGUAGCAGCACUGCCACCACUCAAUGAGAUGUGUAAAAUAAUGAAUGUCAGGUGUGGCUAGAUCACUGGCACACUUUCUCUGGCUAAUUCAGGACGAUUAAAACUUGCAAAAAUUCAAAGAAAUCUAAAGAUGAAAAAUGAAAUUUUCAAUUGUUUGAUCCAUUGUAAUUUUGUUCUUUUAAGCAAAUACAACUUUGAAAAAAAAAA